CACCACCAGUCCGGCAAGGACGGCAAUCGGCGGGAGUUUUUCAAAAUGGGAGCGCAGAGGCGCCGCCCAGGUCUCGGAAGGUGCCCGGGAGGCCAUUCGGUAGCCGUGCAGCCGUCGCCAGGAGCGGCGGCCUAGAGAGCCAAGCCUGAUGGGCGCCAAGACCGGCUGGCUGCUUGGAGCGCUGCCUAGAAGGGACUGCGUGAAGGAAGCUAAUCUGGGGAGCACAGGCCUGAGCCUGGAAAUAUGGCGACCUGCAUCGGGGAGAAGAUCGAGGAUUUUAAAGUUGGCAGUCUGCUUGGUAAAGGAUCAUUUGCUGGUGUUUACAGAGCUGAGUCCGUUCACACUGGUUUGGAAGUUGCAAUCAAAAUGAUAGAUAAAAAAGCCAUGUACAAAGCUGGAAUGGUACAGAGAGUCCAAAAUGAGGUGAAAAUACAUUGCCAAUUGAAACAUCCUUCUAUCUUAGAGUUGUAUAACUAUUUUGAAGAUAACAAUUAUGUAUAUCUAGUAUUAGAAAUGUGCCAUAAUGGAGAAAUGAACAGGUAUCUAAAGAACAGAAUGAAACCAUUCUCAGAAAAUGAAGCUCGACACUUCAUGCACCAGAUCAUCACAGGAAUGUUGUAUCUCCAUUCUCAUGGUAUAUUACACCGGGACCUCACACUUUCUAACCUCUUACUUACACGUAAUAUGAACAUCAAGAUUGCUGAUUUUGGGCUGGCAACUCAAUUGAAAAUGCCACAUGAAAAGCACUAUACAUUAUGUGGAACUCCUAAUUACAUUUCACCAGAAAUUGCAACUCGAAGUGCACAUGGACUUGAAUCUGAUGUUUGGUCCUUGGGCUGUAUGUUUUAUACGUUGCUUAUUGGGAGACCACCAUUUGACACUGACACAGUCAAGAACACAUUAAAUAAAGUAGUAUUGGCAGAUUAUGAAAUGCCAACUUUUUUGACAAGAGAGGCCAAGGACCUUAUUCACCAGUUACUUCGUAGAAAUCCAGCAGAUCGUUUAAGUUUGUCUUCAGUAUUAGACCAUCCUUUUAUGUCCCGAAAUUCUUCAACAAAAAGUAAAGAUUUAGGAACUGUAGAAGACUCCAUUGACAGUGGACAUGCCACAAUUUCUACUGCAAUUACAGCUUCUUCCAGUACCAGUAUAAGUGGUAGUUUAUUUGACAGAAGACGACUUUUGAUUGGUCAGCCACUCCCAAAUAAAAUGACUAUAUUUCCAAAGAAUAAAAAUACAAGCGAUUUUUCUUCUUCAGGAGAUGGAAGCAGUUUUUAUACUCAGUGGGGAAACCAAGAACAAGAAACCAGUAAUAGUGGAAGGGGAAGAGUAAUCCAGGAUGCAGAAGAAAGGCCACACUCUCGAUACCUUCGCAGAGCCCAUUCUUCUGAUAGAUCUGGCACUUUUAAUAGUCAGUCUCGAGCAAAAACAAAUACAAUGGAACGAUGUCACUCGGCUGAAAUGCUGUCAAAAUCCAAAAGAUCAGGAGUAGACGAAGAAAGAUACUCACCUACAAACAGCAAUGUCAAUGUUUUUCACUUCUUUAAGGAAAAGACAUGCAAUAGUUCUGGAUCUUUUGAAAGACCUGAUAAUGAUCAAGCACUCUCCAAUCAUCUUGGUCCAGGAAAAACUCCUUUUCCAUUUCCAGACCAGACAUCACAGACUGAAAUGGUGCAACAGUGGUUUGGGAAUCUGCAAAUAAAGGCUCAUUUAAGAGAAACUGCUGAGCACAACAGCAUUAGCCCAAACAGAGAUUUCCAGGGCCAUCCAGAUUUGCAGGACAGAUCAAGAAAUGCUUGGACUGAUACACGAGCCAAAAAGAGCCCCGAUGCUUCUGAUAAUGUGCAUUCUACAAAACAGCUGAAUACCAUGAAAUAUAUGACUGCAUUUCAAAGUAAACCUGAGAUAAUUCAACAAGAAUCUAUUUUUGACUCAGAUCCUCUUUCUGAACAAAGCAAGACUAGGGGUAUGGAGCCACCAUUGGGUUAUCAGAAACGUACAUUACGAAGCAUUACAUCUCCUUUGACUGCUUACAGGUUAAAACCAAUUAGACAGAAAACGAAAAAGGCUGUGGUUAGUAUACUUGAUUCAGAGGAGGUAUGUGUGGAGCUUCUAAAGGAACAUACAUCUCAAGAAUAUGUGAAAGAAGUUCUUCAAAUAUCUAGUGACGGAAACAUGAUCACUAUUUAUUAUCCAAAUGAUGGAAGAGGUUUUCCUCUUGCUGAUAGACCACCGUCCCCUACUGACAACAUCAGUAGGUAUAGCUUUGACAAUUUACCAGAGAAGUACUGGCGAAAAUAUCAGUAUGCUUCCAGAUUUGUACACCUUGUAAGAUCUAAGUCACCCAAAAUCACUUAUUUUACAAAAUACGCUAAAUGCAUUUUGAUGGAGAAUUCCCCUGGUGCUGAUUUUGAGGUCUGGUUUUAUGAUGGAGCAAAGAUACACAAAACCGAAGAUUUAAUUCAGGUGAUUGAAAAGACAGGGAAAUCUUAUACGUUAAAAGGUGAAAGUGAAAUUAAUAGCUUGAAAAGGGAAAUAAAAAUGUAUAUGGACCAUGCAAAUGAGGGCCAUCAUAUUUGCUUAGCACUGGAAUCAAUAAUUUCAGAAGAGGAAAAGAAAAGUGGAAGUGCUCCAUUUUUCCCAAUAAUCAUAGGAAGAAAACCUGGUAUUACUAGUUCACUUAAGACCUUAUCACCUCUUCCUUCUGUGGAUCCAAACUACUUGAUGAGGGAGAAAGCAUCUUUGAGUAAAAUGGGCAUAAAUAGUGCUGCUUCUUCAAAACAGGCACCAAUAUUUAAUCCUUCUAUGGUUACAAAUGAAGGACAUGGCCUUACAGCUGCAGCUUCUGGAACAAACAUCCCUUCUAGUAGUCUAAAAGAUUGUCUUCCUAAAUCAGCACAACUUUUGAAAUCUGUUUUUGUGAAAAACGUUGGUUGGGCUACACAGUUAACUAGUGGAGCUGUGUGGGUUCAGUUCAAUGAUGGGUCCCAGUUGGUUGUGCAAGCAGGAGUGUCUUCCAUCAGUUACACAUCACCAAAUGGUCAAACAACUAGGUAUGGAGAAAAUGAAAAACUACCAGAAUACAUCAAACAGAAAUUGCAGUGUCUUUCUUCCAUCCUUUUGAUGUUUUCUAAUCCAAAUCCUAAUUUUGAAUGAUUAAAGCUCGUUUUAGAUAUUUUAA